AUUUCCCUUGUUGAAAUUUAUCGGAGAAAAAAGAACCUGCCCUGAGCGCAAAUGCUGAAGUGACUCAAUUGAUUGGUUCAAUUGGAUCGAACUGCAUAUAACUCUCUUUGUAUGAGCGCAACGCAUUAUUCGACUUUUAGGAAAGAGUGAAUUUGGGCUCUUUGGAAGGAUCGAUUAUCUUAUUGCUAAAACAGAUAACUUCAAGCCACAUUUUCAUAAUCUAGGUCAACUGCUUCCAGCCUUUUCAAAACCUUCCGCGCCCAUCACCUUCCUUCCGAUAUCACAACGAAGGAGCGUCGUAUAUCACCAAAAUCCAAACCAUUCCUCUUUCCACCUAUUAUCGCUAUACCUACCUAGAUACAUAUCUAGACACCGUCUAGCUGCCACAUAUUUACUACCUACCGAGAAUCGUGAAGUUGCAGACCACGUAAUUCGCAUCGCCAUUCAAUACUAUUUACUGGCCUGCUCUUAUCCGAGUCGGCUUUUGCGGUGGCACGAAUAUCUUUACUCGUCAAUCUUUUCGAGGGUCUAGUCCCUCAAUUUCCUAGACAUCAUAUCAUAUGCCGACGUUAGGAUUCCUGAAGAAGAAGCGGACGAAGGAGGAGAAGCCUGACCCUUCUUCCUCCAGCCAACCUACAAGUCCGAUUACACCGGUCACCCCGACGUCCGCAAGGACUUUCGAGUCGAAUUCGCUCACUACCAUACCUACUCAUAGCACAGCCGCCACGAGCGCAAGACCUUCUCAAUCACAACCUACAACCAAGAAUAGUCAGGAAGCGCUAGCUUCUGCUGGUGGGGGGUCGCAAAUGAAUCCGCAGGCAGUCUACCCAACUGCUGCGUAUGGGCUCCCGCCUACCGCGAGCCCCGCGCAGGCCGGAACACCGCAAAAUUUACCGAGUAUCAACAACCUAAUCAACCUACCACAGAAUGACGGUCAUCACGCGGCACCUCCGUCGCAACACCAAUCGCACCAAUCGCAACACAUUCAACCUGCAGCUGCGGAGGUCAGGGUGACAAAGGGCAAAUAUUCGCUUGGCGACUUUGAUCUGCUCCGUACUCUUGGCACGGGAAGUUUCGGACGCGUUCAUCUAGUACAAUCGAAGCACAACCAACGAUUCUACGCCAUCAAGGUCCUGAAGAAAGCCCAAGUCGUCAAGAUGAAACAAGUCGAACAUACCAACGAUGAGCGGCGGAUGCUUGGGGAGGUUAAACACCCGUUCCUCAUCACGUUGUGGGGUACCUUCCAAGACCCGAGGAACUUGUAUAUGGUUAUGGAUUUUGUUGAGGGUGGUGAAUUAUUCUCUCUGCUGAGGAAAUCAGGCCGAUUUCCAAACCCGGUCGCCAAAUUCUAUGCCGCGGAAGUCACUCUGGCACUUGAAUAUUUGCAUUCGAGAAAUAUCAUUUACAGAGAUUUGAAACCAGAAAAUCUACUGCUGGACCGUCACGGACACCUCAAAAUAACAGAUUUUGGCUUCGCGAAAAGAGUUCCGGAUAAGACAUGGACAUUGUGUGGAACUCCGGACUAUCUAGCCCCAGAAGUCGUUUCCAACAAGGGUUACAACAAAUCAGUUGACUGGUGGUCUCUAGGCAUCUUAAUCUACGAGAUGCUCUGCGGCUAUACACCAUUUUGGGACGGCGGCUCACCCAUGAAGAUUUACGAAAAUAUCUUAAGAGGAAAGGUGAAGUAUCCGGCAUAUGUUCACCCUGACGCCCAGAAUUUACUCGAGCUUCUUAUUACUCCUGAUCUGACCAAACGACUGGGAAAUCUGUUUGGCGGGUCGCAAGAUGUGAAGAACCAUCCGUGGUUCCAGGAAGUCACAUGGGAUAGGUUAUCAAGGAAAGAUAUCGAUGCCCCAUACACACCUCCCGUCAAGGCCGGUGCCGGCGACGCAAGCCAAUUUGACCGAUAUCCCGAAGAGACGGAGAAAUAUGGCCAGUCUGGAAAUGACGAGCACGGCUACCUUUUCCCCGAUUUCUAGUAAGUCGACAAAUCGUCCCGCAAGCGCGACUAGGAGAGGUACGCCUUGCUGUAUCCAUAGAUCUGGGCCAUCACAGCUGGGUUAGAUUUGGAUAGGCGAAGAUACGACAUUGGUAGCUUUGCAUUUUUUACAGACGUCCUAAAAGGACGUGGUGAUAAGGACCCCUAGAAGUA